AGCAGGUCUUGUCCUAACAGGUCCCCUGGCAGCCAGCACAGGCUCCUGCAGCUCCCUGGGUUGGGAUGGCAAUGCGGGGCACAGGGGCCCCCGCUGCCCCUCCACUGCCUGCACUGGGCUGUGCCCACAUUGGGCAGCAUCACCCUGAAGCUGGGACACAGGACCCCUCGUGGGAUGGUGCCCUGGGGAGUCAGCAUCAUUCUGUGCUGCUGCAGGAGAGCUUGGGCUGGUGCCAGGGCCCUAAGGAUGGGGGAGAUGCUGCCCCAUGCAGCGGUAACUGGGACUUGGGGGGUGACUGGGAGUGGAGAAAGGAGCAGGGUCCUGCCCCGCAGCACUGCUGGCACCGCAGCACCUCACGCCCUCACGCUGGCUUGCACAGAGGAAGGGCUCAUGGGAGCCCUGGGGCUGAGCUGGGAGUGGGAAGGGGGUCGGGAAAGGUCGGGGUGUCCCUAGGGCACAGGGGUGUCAGGAGCAAGGGUGUUGGCAGCAUGACUCAGGCUGACAUGUCCCACUGACACAGCUGUGCCCGUGUGAUUCAGAGUGGCUGCGGGAAAGCAGAGGAGAGGAAAGGAGGAGACCGGAGCAGAGCAGAGGAGCGGAGCAGAGGAAGGGCUUCCGGGGCCAGGCCACCCACGCGGGACGGGCACUCUGUGACUCAGCCACGGGAGCCACCCGUUUACCGGUGCAAGCAGCCGGUGCCAGUGCCUGUCCCUCCCUGCCACAAGCUCAGACUCGGAGGAGCGCGUUGUGCAGCGGUUCGAGGUGCCUGGUGUGACCAACUACACGGCCCUGCUGCUCAGCCCCGAUGGCGGCACCCUCUACGUGGGGGCUCGUGAGCUGCUUGUCGCCAUCAACACCAGCCGCUUCCAGCCUGGGGCACCGGCACGCAGGCUGCCGUGGAGCGCGGAUGGGGAGAAGAAGAGGCAGUGUGUGUUCAAAGGCAAGGACCCACAGAGAGACUGUCACAACUACAUCAAGAUGCUGCUGCAGCUGAACAGCACCCACCUCUACACAUGCGGGACCUGCGCUUUCAGCCCAGCCUGCGCCUACAUCAACGUGCAGCACUUCAGCCUGGAGCGGGAUGCAUCAGGGAAGGUGCUGCUGGAGGAUGGGAAGGGACGCUGCCCCUUCGACCCUGAGUACCGCUCCACGGCCGUCAUGGUCGACGGCGAGCUCUACGCCGGGACUGUCAGCAACUUCCAGGGCAACGAGCCCACCAUCUACCGCAGCCAGGAGAGCCGCAUCACCCUCAAGACGGAGAACUCCCUCAACUGGCUGCAGGACCCAGUGUUCGUGGGCUCAGCCUACCUGCGGGAGAGCCUGCCUGCCGGCAACCCCGAGGGUGACGACGACAAGGUCUACUUCUUCUUCAGCGAGACCGGGAAGGAGUUUGACUACUUCGAGAACACCAUCGUGUCCCGCAUUGCGCGCGUGUGCAAGGGGGACCAGGGCGGGGAGCGUGUGCUGCAGCGGCGGUGGACGACCUUCCUGAAGGCGCAGCUGCUCUGCUCACACCCCGAGGACGGCUUCCCCUUCAACGUGCUGCAGGACAUCUUCGUGCUCACCCCAGCGGAGCUGCGCUGGAGGGAGACGCUCUUCUACGGGGUCUUCACCUCGCAGUGGAACAAGGGCGGGCUGGGCAGCUCGGCCGUGUGCGCCUUCCCCAUGCGCAGCGUGCAGCGAGCCUUCGCUGGGCUCUACAAGGAGGUGAACCGCGAGACGCAGCAGUGGUACACGGACACCGGCCCCGUGCCAGAACCCCGGCCGGGCACAUGCAUCACCAGCCACACGCGGCACCUGAAGAUCAACUCGUCCCUCCAAAUGCCGGACCGGGUGCUGAACUUCAUCAAGGACCACUUCCUGAUGGACAGCGCGGUGCGCAGCCAGCCGCUGCUGCUGCAGAGCCGCCUGCGCUACCAGCAGAUCGGCGUCCACCGCGCGCAGGGCCUGCAUGGCACCUAUGACGUCCUCUUCCUGGGCACGGACGACGGGCGCUUGCACAAGGCCGUGCGUGUGAACCAUGGGGUGCACAUCAUCGAGGAGAUCCGCCUCUUCCCUGCCAGACAGCCCAUUCUCCAGCUGCUGCUGGACCAGGACCAGGGCCUGGUGUAUGCAGCCACCUACACGGCAGUGGCUCAGGUGCCCUUUGCCAACUGCAGCCUGUACCGCAGCUGUGGGGAGUGCGUGCUAGCACGAGACCCCUUCUGUGCCUGGAGCCGGGGUGCCUGCCGCAGGGUCACCGUGCACCCCCCAGCACACCCCCAUCUCUGGGCACAGGACAUCGAGGAUGCUGACACGGAACGGCUCUGCCCGCUGCCCAACGCCUCACAGCCGCGUCCCCGCAUCCUCCUGCCCCCAGCCUCGGGCGCCCCGUGCCAGCGGGUGCUGCUGCCGCCCAACGCGGUGCGGCCGCUGCCGUGCCAGCUGCUCUCCAACCUGGCCUCGCGGCACUGGCUGCACCACGGGGAGCCCGUCAACGCCUCCUACCUGGUGCUGCCUGACGGGGCGCUCAUCCUGGUGGGCAGCCCCGAGCGCGCGGGCACCUACGAGUGCUGGUCACUGGAGGAGGGAUUCCGCAAGCUGAUGGCCAGCUAUUGCGUGAGCGUGCAGGAGCUGGCCCGCGCGCCGCCGGACCCCAGCAGGAAGGCGGCCACCGGCCGGGACGCCCUGGAGACCGUCAGCACGUCGCGCAGCACAUCGGCAGUGGGCAGCGCCGCGGCACGGCUGGACGGCAAGACCUACUGGACCGAGUUCUUGGUGAUGUGCGUGCUCUUCGCUGCCACCGUCCUCGUGCUGGCCCUCUUCCUCCUGCACCGGCACCGUGAUGGCAUGAAAGCCUUGCUGGAGCCCGGCGACCCCGGCCGGCACCAGAAGCCGCCCCGCAAGCCGGUCGAGAGCCUGCCCCUGAAUGGCAGCAGCCUGCCCAGCGCAGCGCCUGAGCACAAGGGCUACCAGGCCCUGCAGGACAACUAUAUUGUGAGCACCCCUGUGCAUGAGCCCCCCGGCCCCCAACGCGCCUUCUCUGAGUCGGAGAAGAGGCCCCUCCACGUCCGGGACAGCUUCGUGGAGGUGUCUCCCGCCUGCCAAAGACCCCGGGUGCGCCUGGGCUCCGAGAUCCAGGACUCAGUGGUGUGACGGGACAGGAGCCAAGCCCAAGCCCGACACCGCCUCUGCUCUGCUGAGCCGUUCGGACCACAGCCGGGUCCGUGUUGUCUGUGUGUGCAUGCCCAGACCCCGGCCCCGCUCCAACGCGGGGGCUCGGCUGCCCUGGAGCUCCCGGGCAUCACCUCGGCUGCUCUGGCUCUGGGAGUGAGGGGCGCCACGUGCCUUCCGGGGGCCUGCAGGACGUUCCCCCCAGGGGAGAUGGACACAGUGCCUCGCCCUGGCUCUGUGGAGCCCCUCUAUGCAGAGGGCAGGAGGGGUGGCCACGGCCCCUCGCGCCCCGACUCACUGUGAUGUGCCGGUGCAGGACCGGCGCCAGGCGCGUGGCCGGGCAUGUGCUGUGUGUCUGUGCUUGGUUCGUUUUUAAUACGUUGGAAAUGUGAAUCGUGUCCUGGGCCGGGGCUUGCCCCGCACCCACGUGCGUGUGCAGAAACGUCUGUGGUUUUUAUAUAAAGUUCAAGUGUCUCCUUUGGA